AUUGAAAUACAGAUUAUCACUGUCACAUUCACAUUAUCACCGAAUAAAUUAAUUGAACUGGAAUUACCAAAAAAAUACCAUCGUAUUAUAACAGAAACUGGAAUAUUACUCAUUUAAAAUGCAUUUACAAUCAUUUGCUGUUAUUUUGUCUCUCGGUUUAGUUAAUUAUGCGGCUUGCAUUGAUUAUGAUGGAUGGCUGAAUAUUAAAAUAGAACAUUCUCUGAAUUGUGGCACUGAAAAAUAUUGCCCAAGGGGAAAUAUUGCACUAAAGAGUAUUCGAGCGGGUGCUGCAGUAGUAGAUCAAAUACAUUUUAAUAAAGGACAUAUUGAAGCCUUAAAGAAUUUAGCUGAAAUUGAUAGUUUUUAUACUAUCCGGACAUUGGUAACAUCUGCUGAGAAUAGUAAAGGAACAGAAUUCUUUUCAUCAGUCAAAGCCAGAGCUUUCUUGGGCAAUGGUCUGUCAGACGUGAUCAAUGCUUGGGUGCUGCCCAAUGGGGCCGUGAUUUCUGUCAGUUUCCAAGUAACUAAUGCUUCACAACCAUUGUCUUUGGAAAGUGGAACUCAAAAGAUCAACUCCAAUUUCUAUCUACGCUAUGUUGAACAGGCUCCAGUGCCUGAUACAGCCACAUACAUUCAAAAAUUGGAACGUGAAAGAGAAGCUAGGGAAAAGGGAGACCUAAAGGACAACAAAUCAUUCUUAGCUAAAUAUUGGAUGUACAUUGUACCUAUUGCAAUAUUUGUAAUGAUAUCUGGAGCAAGCAACCCUGAACCGGCGGCCCAAGGAGCCCGAUAAAUAAUUAUGUAUUACAAAUUGAUCACUAUUACCAAAUAGUCAAUGUAUAAAAGAUAUUUAUUCUUUAGAUAACACAACUUUAGAUUAGAAGUAAAAUAAUCUUUUUUUAUAUUAAGUGUGCUUCAGUGUACCCAUUGGUCAUCAGAAUUUUCCAGCUUUCCUUAUGAUUAGACAAAGAUCAUGUUCAACCAAAACCAUAAUUAACAAUUUGUGAUAGGGUAUAUGGGAUAUGAAGUUAUCUUUAAGAAAUAAAUUAUUGAUAACACAAACUGAGUACUCAUUUAAAUACAAGGUAAUAUGAAACAAACAUAGUACAAAAUUACUUAUUUAAUUAAUUACCAAAUAUAAUCUUGUUACUGUAACAAUGUAAGACUUAAACUUAGUAUGAAGCAAAAUUUAACAUGUAGAUAACAAAACCUUAUGCACCAAUUUUCUCAAUUUCUUCAGCAUCUUCAAUGUCCAACAACUGUAUCUUUUUACCAAAAUGACCUUCUAUUUCCUUACAAAUAUUCAUUGCUUGUGCAGAAUCAAUUAAAUUAAUGGCAAUACCAGCUUUACCAAAACGUCCUGUGCGACCUAUUCUAUGCAAAUAUGUUUCACAGUCAGCUUUCUUGUCCAUGUCCAUAGGCAUAUCAAAGUUUACAACCAGUGUCACUUGUUCAACAUCAAUUCCUCGAGACAAUACAUUUGUGGUGAUCAAUACUUUUUCCAAACCAGCCCUGAAACGGUCCAGCACAGCUAUUCUUUGUUCAACAGUUAAUUCACCAGAUAGUACGGCUACAGAAUGUCCAUCUUCAGACAUUUUGACUGAUAGCCAGCUUGCAGUUUUUCUUGUGUGGCAAAAUAUAAUAGCCUGACCAAUUGUUAUGACACCAUAUAUAUUGCAAAUGGCUCUAUACUUUUCAUCUGCAUUUUUGCAUUUGACAUAGUACUGCUUAAUAUUAUCCAAGGACUCCUCUUCACGUAACAGUCUUAUUAUAAUAGCAUUGGGAACAAUCAUUUCAGCAAACUCCAUGACAGCAGACCCAUAUGUUGCCGAAAAGAACAUCAUCUGGCAUGUUGAGGGCAAACAUUUGUGAAUGCGAAUACAUUGAUCUUGGUGACCCUGUCUAUCAAUCAUAACAUCAGCUUCGUCCAGUACAAAUACACGAACUUUAGACAUAUCAAACAUGCCAAACUUCACACCCCAAUCAAGCAUUUUCCCAGGUGUCCCAAUAAUAAUAUGAUCAGUUAUCUUAGUGCCUCGAGGCACCUCCUCACCUCUUACAGCAUACUUCAGUUUAAUCUCAGGACAGAACUUAGCCAUUUUGGCAGCCACUUCUCCAGUUUGUAUGGCUAGUUCGUAAGUAGGACUUAAACACAACACUUGCGGAUAAUUCUUAGUAGGAUCCACUCUGCUUAACAUGGCCAGCACAAAAGCUGCCGUUUUACCAGUACCUGACUGAGAUUGAGCAAUCAUGUUUUGUGGAGGAUCAGCUAAAAGGGUAGGCAAGGCAGUUUCCUGGAUCUUUGAGGGAGCAUUAAAACCCAUUGCAUAUACUCCUUUUAGUAAGUUGGGUUUUAAGUGUAAAGCUUCAAAGGUUUUGACAGAAUAUAAAGGAGAAUUAGGAUCUUUUCUUUGAAUUUCAAUAUCUAAUUUAGACUCAACUAGACCUUGCCUUAUUAUUUUCAUCAACAGAGAUGUGUCUGCUGGGUUAGCUGUGUCGGGAGAGUCAUCCGAAUCUGCAGUCUGAUCCAGAGGUUUUUUAUUCAGACCCAAUCCAGCUACUUUAUUUGAAAUCUCCAAGUCCUCUACUUUUUGUCCCCACUGAUUGGCCAUCUUGUCUAGAAAAACACAGGAUAAAUAAAAUUAUUAACAGUAAAAAACACGUUGUAACAUGUUUGCUGUAAUAAAGUAUUGUUUAGGAAAGUAUUAUGACUAGCACUCCUAUUUUGAACAGUAUAACAACCUGCAAUAUGAACUAGUUUAGAGAUUUAUUCCGUCAAGACAUUAAUUACUUUCAGAAAUUAGUAGAAAUAGCGUCAGUGUUGACGUGCAAGUCACGUAAACUAAGUUUUCCUGCAAAAAUGCCUUUGUUUGACUACAUUAACAAACCAAAAGUUGCUACUAAAGUAGGUACAUUAGACCGCCGUAAGUUACACCGAGAACAGAUACAUUAUUAAUUAUUCUUACCUUUUGAUAAUAUACUGAAUUGAAAGUAAUAAUUAUUUCCAAACGACCAUGCGAAAAAUCUUAUUAACCGACCAAUAAGAACCACACUU